AUGAGCUCAACACAGCAGUGGCCUGCGCUUGAGUCGUGUCUGGGGGCGUUCCUGAUUGGUAUCAUUUUUCAAUCCGUAUUUUACGGAGUAGUGAGCGGUCUCGCCUUGAAUUAUUUCAGGAGAUACAGGCGGGACAGUGGUGUUUCGAUAUGGAUGAAAUUACUGGUGCUAUUAGCAUGGAUCCUGUGCUUCUUCAGUCUAAUUGUCUCUGCACAUGCCAUGUACUUCUUCGUCGUCAAAAACAUUGAUGAUAACCCUAUGGCAUUCUCGAAAGCUCCAUGGAGCGUUUGUUUGUUGAUGGCAGUCAAUGCGGUAGUGGUGGUUCUUGUGCGAUUCAUAUUCCUUUAUCGGCUGUGGCGAUUCGUCAAGGCCAAGGGGGAAUGGAACAGUGGGUGGAAAGCCUUGCUGUUACUUACCGUGCUCCUGACGCUGGUCGAUCUAUCUGGAUCUCUCGCUGUCUCGAUAAAAUUAUUCUUGACACCCGACACGGAGGAGCUCGAGCAGAUAAAAGUCAUGGUAGAAGUGGUUUUUGCCGCUGGUGUAUCGGCGGACAUCUUCCUGGUGGGAUUGCUUUGCUUUUCUCUGAACAGUUCUCGGACAGGCUUCGAGAGCACGGACUCACUCAUCAACACUUUGAUUCUAUACGCGAUAAAUAGUGGUCUUCUCCCAACCAUCGUUGCUGGUGCAGGGCUGGCAACGUUUUUGGUGUCGCCAUCUCCCCUGGUCUACAUGGCGGUCUACAACCAGAUCGCAAAUCUAUACCUAAUUUCCUUGAUCGCGUCCCUCAACCAUCGCAAGGUCGUGCGCCGACAAGUAGAGCGGCCCUUCACGGUCGACUUUAGCCCGCUCGAAGCAUGCGUGUCGGCACCCGACGUUCCUUUCACGCCGACGGGGCGCACGGACCUGGAGUGUGGGAUGCUGCAAUCCGCGGACGCCGAGUCCGAGCGAGCGUUGAUCGAUUUGGACUGUCGGACGCGACCAGGUAAAUUUGAUGAGAAGGUUGAGUCGGAACUGGUCCUCUCGGACGCAAAGGAACUUCCAUCUACGCCCGAGUCGGAGAGUAGUAGUGCUGAUAUAGGCGAGAUGAUGAUCCAAGCGUGUCGGUAUUCAUGA